UGUUUAUCAACAAUGGCACGUGAUUAGUAUUAAGUGUCACAAGAGUAGCUGACUGUUAGAUAAGAUUGGGAUAUUAUAUGCUUUCAAUGAGCAUUUAAACAGCUCGACAAUGUUCUACCUUGUCACAUUAUUAUUAUGUGCAUUUAGUGCAACUAAAGGGCAGGUAAUAUCGGGAUGCCCUUUAUACGGGUGCUCACCUGGUGGAACUUUUUCACUGGAUUCAGUAAUUACAUCGGCUGAUGUAGAAGUAGCAUGGACAGCUCAGCUAGAGAAUUCAACCACCGCAGCAAAUGUUCAACUUGGCUGUGUUAGUAAUGAAAACAAUAUAGUUUGUCCAACUAGCAAGGGUUAUGUCAGUUUGGAUCCGAAAACUGGCAAAGAGCUAUGGCGAAGAGAUAUUCUUGUAAAGCCCUCCCUACCAAUCAUGGACGUCAAUGGUGAUAUUAUUGGAAGCGAUGGGCGGUCCUUAGUAAUGAUUGACGGCGAUGGAACCACCCAGCCUGUCAUUAAACUCAAUGUACCCGUUGAUUCUAUUUACAGUUUAAAUUUGUUAGAUAUUGGAGCCUUCCUCAUUGUAUCUAAGAAUGGCGAGGUAAUCGCUUACCUUAUUAAUGGAGUACCUUUAGCAUCUUUAAUUUUGACUGGUGAAGUGGACGGACAUGAUGGAAUAUUUCAUCCAAUGGCACAACCCGUUAUUUCCGGGAAUAGGGCCUACAUUUUAACAGAAUUUAAACCGAAAGCACAGAAUGUUUCAAAGAAGUUUGCCAGUCGGCUUAUUGCUAUAGAUGUGAAUAAGUCUGUAACAGACAGAAUAGCAGUUGUAUGGUUUAUGGAAUUACAAGAUCAAUCAUCAUUACUUCAUCAACCACAAUCCAAUGCGAAUUCACACCCACCUCUUUCACCAAAUGCUUUGAAGCUCGUUCACAACCAUACAAAUCUGCUUCUCAAAUUUCACCCAAAGAUAACCCCGCGAAAACGCUACAAAUUGUUUGUUGAAAAUAAUAUUAACAAAGUCAAAACUGGUUAUUUUUUCAUAUCCAAUCUGUCGUCACAUUACAGCGAUAACAAACUAGGAUCAGGAAAUAACCAGAGCUGGCUCCCAUCACUUUUAGUGCAGAACCAUAUUGUUUAUCUCAGUCUGUCAGCCACACAAAUUACUGGCGACACAAACGACGACUCGAGCACCUCCAAAAUGAUCGCUAUUAAAGAUUUGCAUAAUCAGGGCACAGUUUUAUUUUCAGAAAAUAAACCUCUCUCAUAUUUAGCAUCCGUUCGAAACCAAUUUAAACAGGGACAUAAACGUACACAUAUAGAUAGUAUUUUAAUUUGGUCCAUUGGUAAAUUUAAUGGGAAUAUAUUGGAAGGUGUGGACUUUAUGACCGGUCAGGUUAUGGCGAAGACAAAUUUAUCAGCAAGUUUUGGCGAAGAUAUCAACAUCACCUCUCAAUUAAUGGUCACCUUCGUUAAAACAAAAUAUUGUUUCAAUUUUGGCAUAGAAAGUAAAGCGAACGGUGCACAAACUUUUUAUUUUGCGUCGAUGGAGUACGACCCCAAGUUAAAUACUACCCAAAUUUUAUCUAAGAUAAAUUCUCCUGGUAAUAGAGAAAUCGUGGGACAAAUAAUUUCUGCCACAACUACGAAUAAUAAGGAAUACAUGUUAGCUAGAACUGUUGAUGGGGGGAUAUUUGCUUUAAAAAUUAACAACGAUACAUGAUUGUAUAACCUGUGACAGCAUGAAAACCGCGGUUGGUAUCGGAUGUAAAAGAUUCGUGGACAGUUUCAUUUCGGAAGAAAUUGCCACUGCCUAGACAAAAUUCCACUUCCUUCCAUGGCACACGAAAACAAACAUUUCAAAGCCGAUGAUCGUCAUUUGGGGAAUUUUGAAUUCCUUGCACACUAUAAAAUUGAAUCUCUAAAAGGAAUAUCACCUCUAAAGCGACCCGUUUAGAAUAUACAUGUACAAAAAUGAUGAAUUGGGAAUUUUAGGAAUUUAGAAUCCCUUCCAAUCAAAAACAUUGUGAAAAUUGUGUCUCUAAAAGGAAUAUACGUCUCAAAUGGUUGAAUUCCAUUCCAUUAGACAGAUACGAUGAAUUGAAAAUUUCGCAACAUGCUGCAUCCCCACUUGACGAUGUAAACGAACCAGCGGCACCUAUAAGUGUUGGAUAAAAUCUUUUGAUGGGCCUCUUUUUAUUCCGAUUAAAUCCAAGCCGUGAGAUUAUCUACCGUUGAUAUUUUGAUUUUGUUUUCAUAAUUAAAUUUUAAUAAUCAAUUUAGCAUGGAUCAAGUCGGGAGAAAUUAGAUAUCGCCCAACAAAUUCAAAUGACGAUCAACGGCUUUAAAUAGGCUACCAUAUAUAAUUCUUAAAACGACCGAUUCAUUCCUUUCUCAACCUCACAAACGUAAUAAUAUCUGUCCUUGUGAAUAAAAAAAUAAACCCCA